AUGAGGGCACCACCACCUUUAAGAAAUUCAAAAUCAAAAGCUUUGAGUAUUGCUAUUAUUAAGGUCAGGCAAUUAUAUUCAUGUACCAGAUUAAAGAGACGUUGGCAUGUAUAUAAACUUCAUAAGUUAAAAAAAGGUAUAGCAGAUAAUAAUUUAAUUAAUUCUGGCCAAGAUAUUAGUCCCGUUUCAAGUCCACAUGCAGAGAAUAUGAUUAAUAUCCCAUCUGGGCUUGAUAGUAAAGCUAAUUUUAAAAAACCUUUAUUGAUUGCCUCUUUCCCAGAAGGUUGUUCAAAUUCUCCUAAAAUGCACGUUCUAAGGAGAAAUUCACUUUCAAGACUUUUAUUAAGUAGAAGAAGGUAUAAAUUAAAACAUUACUAUAACGAAACAAUGGUCAAGGGAACAACUGGAGAUGAACCUAUCAGAAUGGUUCAAAAUAAUUGCAAUCAUUUAAACGAAUUUCAAUGUGCAAGUAAUGUAGCCUCAAUUAGAAAAAUCGCUUCUGAAGAUGCUGACAUCAAAGUUGUAUUUCAUGGUAGAAAUAUUAUCAAGCAAUUAAACAUCCCAAUUAAAGAAAAGAGAACGGAGAAAUCACCAGAAUUCUUGGAAUUUGGACCUUCUUUAUCUCUCAGAAUCAAAGAUUUCCCGUCAUUACUCAAGAAAGAAGUAAAAGAUUCGCCAGUACAACAAGACCCUGAAGUUCCAGUGACAAAUUUUGUACAGUUUAUUAAAGAGCCAGAGUUAUGCCAACUAAAUUGUAUUCCAGAACCUCCAGAAAAGAAAUCACCAAUUGAGAAAAUUAUCCACAAUUCAUUAGUGGAAAUUGAUAAUGUCAUAAAUGAGGUAAAAUCUAAAAUAUUUGAGGUCGAACAUUAUAUUAUAGAAGAAAGCUGCCAAGAACCAGAGAUUAUAACUGAUUUUAAUAACAAGAAGAGAAUCAAAACAGGUAGAGGCUUUUUUAGAAAACCUAAAGGUUUUAAAAGCAGGAAACGUCCAGAUAAUGUUCUAAUUUCAUAUUCGAAAUUAAAAUGA